GCAGUGACCGCACGUGUUUGUGUAACAUGUUCGGAAAGGCAUUCAGUGUAGGGCGAUGACAGAUCUGCGUCCAUGGCGGGACAUCUGAAGAAGCAGUUAAAAGACGCAGUGAAGGUCAUCAGCUCAGGUAGCCUUCUGUUUGCCUCCUACCUCACUGUGGUUGGAGAUGAGCGUUUCUAUGCCAACCAGCUGAUGCCCCUGCUGCAGAGGAUUGUGGGGGCCGAGACGGCACAUGUGUUGGCAGUGAAAAUGAUAGGUCUGGGUCUGGUUCCUCUGAACCGCUACCGGGACCCUGCAUCAUUGGAAGUGAACGUCCUGGGAUUAAAGUUCAAAAACCCUAUUGGCAUUGCAGCGGGCUUCGACAAGCAUGGGGAGGCCGUAGACGGCUUAUACAAAGUGGGUUUUGGCUUUGUCGAAGUGGGGACAAUCACUCCCAAACCUCAGGAGGGGAACCCCAAACCACGGGUGUUUCGACUCACUACAGAUUACGCCAUUAUUAACAGAUAUGGAUUCAACAGCUGUGGUUUAGCAGAAGCGCAGCAGAGGCUGAAGGCCAGGGAAGAAAUGCAGCAAGGGAAAAGAAAAGCUGGCCUUCCCCUGGGCAUCAACCUGGGGAAGAACAAGUUGUCCCAGGACGCAGGGGCAGAUUACUUGGAGGGGGUGAGAGUGCUGGGCCCGCUGGCUGACUACCUGGUGGUCAACGUCAGCAGUCCUAAUACGCCGGGUCUCCGGGAUCUGCAGGGGAAGGCUGAGCUCCACGAGCUCCUAUAUACGGUGCUGAAGGAGCGUGAUGCCCUGCAGGGAGAACACAAACCUCCGGUCCUGGUGAAGAUUGCUCCUGACCUCACUGCGCAGGACAAACAAGAUAUCGCUGAUGUUGUCACUGAGCUGGGAGUGGACGGUUUAAUGGUGUCGAACACCACGGUGUCCAGGCCAGAGACGCUUCAGGAUCCACAUAAGUCUGAGGUUGGUGGGCUAAGUGGCCAGCCUCUCAAAGACCUCUCUACUAGCGCCGUUAGAGAGAUGUACAGCCUCACCAAAGGAAAAGUACCAAUUGUGGGAAUCGGUGGUGUGGCCAGUGGGCAGGAUGCUAUGGAUAAGAUCCGUGCUGGUGCUUCACUGGUUCAGCUCUACACUGCUUUGACCUAUCAGGGUCCACCUGUAGUGACAAAGAUAAAGCGAGAACUGGAACAACUUCUUAAAGAUCAAGGCUUCAGCAGCAUAUCUGAGGCAGUUGGAGCAGACCACAGAGGAGCAGAUCGGAUGACUCAUAAGCACGGCUUGCUGAAAGAGAUGGUAAAUGUUAACGCAGAUGCUCAGGGCUUAGCAGCACCUGUAGCUGCCAUCUCUCCCAACUAGGCAACAUGAUUGUCAACUUUUGCCGAACUGAGACGAAUGCUGAGUAUUUGUGAUGGUCCAUCCUUUGAUCUUGAUACACAGGGUGGCAGAUACAACUAGUGCCGAACUGGCUUGUUCUUUAAACUGUAUUUUCAGUAUUGGUGGUGAGGAGUGCAAACAGUAAACGCAUCAAAUCUCAGCUAUACCUUUACUUGAAAAUUAUAAAGUGAAUGAUGGUAAAUCUUUGAUGGUGCAUCUGCAGUACUGAGAAGCUGAGUUCGGUUUGUAACUUUUAUUUAAGACAUUCAUCCUUUUGUUACAGUGUAACAGCAGUUAGUAUUUCUCAAGUGCACACUGAGACCUAAGUGCUUGAGUUUUUCAAAGACUUUUUUUCCCCCAAACACACUAAUUGUUGAAAAUGGAUACCAAUGAUUUUCUUGUGUGUAAAGAAAAUAAUCUGACAUGAUGAUACAAUGAUAAAAUAGCAGAACCUUUUUGUUGUCCUCCAUUUUAGGGAUUAUCUAUUACAGAAGUUUUAAAAUAUACAUUCAAGUGCUGACAUUGAAUUAUUUGCUGUCAAUCUAAAAACAGAUAUUAUUAUUCAUAAAUGAAUGGUAGAGUGAAAGACAUAUUAAAGACGGUACUGCACAGCUCAAAUGUUAUUUGAGUUUAGGAUCAAAGUAUUUAUUUUGCUUUAAGUGCUGUGAUAAAGGGCUGGUCAUGGCAAGUGUUUGUGAGCUCUCUGUUUCAUCUUUUGAACGUCAGACUUAAUUAAAGCUCCAACAGGAAAGACUUGUCAACAGACAAAGUUAUGCAGAAAAAAGUCUCAUCCCUGACAACUGGUUUACA